GAAAAUACCUCAAAUUUCUCCAUAAUUGCAGGGAACCAUGAAAAGGAUGAUCCAACUCACCUAAAAGACAUGAAACAAGUUAAUGUCAACAUUGAUCACCAUACUCCCAAAAUAAAUCAUACCUCUCAUAUUGUUAACAAGGAUGCUAGUGAAAAUGACAAUUUGGUUACAUCAAGCCCAAUGUAUCCUAUUUUUAUUGAAUCAAAAGAGUUACCUAAUACAACCCUAAAUCAAACUGAUGCCACUGAAACCUCUUUAUAUGAAGAGCUACUUCCAACAUUUGACCCGGAAGAGGAUUCAUUUGAAGACACUUCACCCAAUCCAAGUACUGAGUCAUUGCUAGAAACGACCACCCAAGAUCAGUGUGUGCAGCCCACUCAACCUCCCCCUAUCAUCCUUUUAUUAGAAGGAGCAAAGACAGUACCAAUGAGGACAUUCCCUCCUGAUGGAACUACUUUUGCACAAG